AGGACAACCACAGCAUGCGCGCUUAUCCAUCCUCCAUUACCAACACUACUGGCGCUGUCAGUCACUGGUUAGUGAAGUAGGCUGAAAUGGUUAGCGCACAGAAUUUAACUUUAGCAACCAACUCAGGAACUCAUGCAAAAAAGAGAGAUUUUGCCUGUACCUUUGAGGGAUGCAGUAAUGCCUACACAAGGAAGAUCCACCUUCAACGUCACUUAACAAGUCACUCUGACAAGAAGGACUUUGUUUGCUUAGAAGAUAACUGUGGUAAGGCCUUCAACAAUAACGACACAUUGAAGAAGCACAUUCGCAGGAUACACCGGGAGAGGCUUUUUAAAUGCAGCCAUGAAGGAUGCAACAGAACAUUCAGGAAACAUCAACAUCUCACUGUCCACAGCUUUGUUCACACAAACAUCAAACCAUUCAAAUGUCAACACGAAGGAUGCGAAGCAAGAUUCCAAGUACCCAGCAAAUUGAAAAGUCAUGCCAAAAUUCACAAAGGUUACACAUGCAACAAAGAAGGCUGUGGCCGUCACUUUGACAAAUGGACUGGCCUUCGCAAACACCUGUCAGACGAUCACAUCACAGGUAUUUCGUUAAGAUUUUCCUUGCUUACCUAAAGUAAAAAAGCAGAA